GGUCCCCCAGAAGAAAAUGGUGUGAGGGCAGCCAGCUCAGCUGCCACUUCCAAUCGCAGCGUGCCCAGACCUCAGGGACGAACAUGGCAGCAGCUCAGGGAGCAGGAAGCAGUUCGGCCGGACCAUCCGGACUCCCCGGUUCUGCCCCGGGGCACAGCAGCAACUCCACGGCAGUGGCGGUGUGGGAGUGGCAGGAUGAAUUUGGCAGGUGGAGGCCGUACCGAGGGAACGUCUGCAGCUACAUUGAACAGGUUUUUCAGGCCUCUCAGCAGAAGGGCCGGCGUUCGGGGUCAGGGCUUGUCAGCAGCAUCCCUUUGGGACACGCGGAUCCUGUCUUGGCCCCUUACGUCAUCGACAUCCCAAGCUUGACGCAGUUCCGGCAGGAUACAGGGACGAUGCGGGCCGUCCGCAGGCACCUCUUCCCCGGGGACUCAGCCGCCGCGCAGGGCAUCGUCUGGGAGUGGCAGAACGAUGAAGGUGGGUGGUCCCCCUACGAGAUGAACGUCUGCGUGUUCCUGGAGCAAGCCCGUGCCACGAACCACCAGCGAGUAGAUCUCGGACCCUUGGGCUACAACUAUGAAGUUGACUUUGUGGCUCAAGUCCAGACCAACAAGACCACAAGGUUCCGUCGCGGUGUUCAGAGGCGCUUGGACUCCCCGUACCCAGUGACAGCCUCCCCGGCACCCCUUCACACGGGGGUGGCUUGUUCCUGCCAGCAGGGCUGGCUAAAUGGUGGGACUGGUCCCAUCACCACGCGCUACCGGCAUUCAAUGAUAAACUUUCCCAACUCUUCCGCUACUCAUCAGGUUUCCGGUAGGACAGCGUCAGUAAGUUCUUCCACCGUCGGCUUCGUGCCCUAUAACAAACCGACUUUGUCUGGAGCAAGGUCAACACCGAGACUCAAUGCACAGAGCACCUGGGCUUUGCCUCAAGCUGGGGGCCCCAGCACAGGACUGUCUGCAUCUAACGGAGUCAGCACCCCAAACCUGCCGGUCAAGAUGCCCAAACCCAGCAAGGUGAACCAGGCCCUGGCAGGCAUGACGGCUAUUCUGAUGUCAGCCGCUGGACUCCCCGUGCACCUCACCUGUGUGCCGCAAGCUGCCAGCACCCAUAAAGCCUCUAAAAAACACAGCUCAGUUAAGGAGGGGAGGAAAGUGUCCAAGAAAGGUAGUUCCUGCUCAAACUCUUGA